AUGACACAAUCUCGAAGCGUCUCAGUGUCUGACGCCCUCCAUAACGUGCAGCAGGCUCUUCAGGCGGACGAUGGAACUAGUUUAGCGAAACACGAGGAAGCUCUUGAUGCCAUCGUUAAACUCCAGCGGGCUGUAGAGCGACCGGACGAGACGGUAAUGCGACUUAGGUUCAGUCUAUUGGUACCCUUUGUCAUGCGUCUUGCUGUGGAAUAUGGCCUGGUCCAGGAUCUCGCAGCUGCGAACGGUGAGACGAAAGCAGCAGCUGAUAUUGCGACUCCUGGUGGUGCAGACGAACUGCUCGUCCUGCGGGUCAUGAGAUUGAUUACUGCGCACGGGAUCUGUGACGAGCACGGGCACGGCAAAUAUUCUGCAAACGCGGUCACAGAGUUUUUGUCGCGAACUCCAAUCAUCGGCGGUCUGAAGCAUCUGUACGAUCAUGCAACUCCAAUCCUUGCCAAAACAUCCGAUCUCAUUCAUGAGAAACGACUGGCUAGCCUGGAAAACGUCUCUACAACCGCCUCGCCACUUCAAGAGGUUUGGGGGGCACCCAUGUUCAGUCUACUCGCAAUCAACCCUACUCGAAAGCAGAAUUUCGACAAUUACAUGCAAGCACGGCUGCAUCCUUCCAUCCCGAAGUGGUUUGAUAUCUAUGAUGUCCGGACUGAAUUGGCUUCUGCAACGGAUGUCACAAGCGACAUGGCCUUGCUCGUGGAUGUUGGAGGCGGCAAAGGUCACGACAUUGCACAAUUCGCUGAACGUUUCCCCGACCUGUUCGGUGAACUGGUCCUGCAAGACUUGCCGCAGACCUUCGACUCUGGACUUGUUGCAUCUCCCGACCGAGUGAUGAUCAUGGGACACGACUUCUUCACUGACCAGCCUGUCAAAGGUGCUCGGCGAUAUAUGAUGCGGCAGGUGCUGCAUGACUGGAGCGACGAGAAGUGUGUAGAGAUUCUCAGGCCGAUCGUUGCUGCGAUGGAUCCUCAGAGUUCACGCUUGUUGCUGGUUGAGGAAGUUCUCGAGGAGGAUAACGUGAGCUGGCUCACUGCAUCCUUCGACAUCGUUAUGUGGAUGUUUUUCAAUGGCAUCGAGCGCACUCAUAAGCAGUGGACGGCAUUGCUAGGGUGA